AGAAAAGGUAAAAAUUCUCCGAUGGCACAUGAUGUAAGGUUAGACCCCGCGCCUCCGCAAUUUGGAAAGAACUAACCUAGAGUUACCUGGUGCUACUCUUGAGAAGGUAUGAAACUGUCUUGGUCCAUAUUCUAAGACCAGGGACACGAGGUCUUCCCCUCAAAUCCUCUAAAUCCAGAUCAAACAGAUCAAAACCAUUUCUGAAUCCAUCGACAGAUUAUUUUGUUUCUUCCCUCUGUAAGACCUCGUGGACAACUUCAUUGUGGGUUUCUUCUUUUUCCUUAUUUUCCCUAUCGAAUAUAAAUGUCUCCAUUUCCUCCUUGAUCAAGAAAGACAGAGAGAUCCUUUCUCAUUGCCUUCAUUUCCUUUCAAUCCCACCUCAUCUCAUUCCAUUCCAUGCCAACUGUUGCCCUUCGAUCGGAGGAGGAGCCUCAGCCAUGAUUUCCUUUUCAGUUGUCACCAAUUCACGAUUGCGCAUGUCAUUCCUACUGCUGUGCAUCCUCUGCGGGUUAUUUUUCUCAAUUGGCGUAUCUGCGAGUUCAAAUGAUGUUGUGCGACAGUAUGAUAAUCUGAUCCAACGACCACUUACGAAUAAUGAAGAUAUUGCAACGAACGAGCACUCUCAAAAUCCCAUCAGCCAUGAAGCUUCAAACACCCUACCUGCAAUGGUGAGCGCCCUGGACGUGCUACAAGAAGAUUACUUUGCAACUUGGCAAGGCAUUUAUCCAACAGGAAUUGACUGGACGUCAGCAGUGAUUGGUAUUCUCAUUUCUAUCAAUGUCUAAAUUAAGCCAGAGCAGUAACUAACACCAAUUUUUAAAUAGGCACAUAUGUCGCUGGUGCCCUUACUACUCUCUCAAAGUCCUUCUCUGACCUCUCCUCGCCGAAGACGAACGAGAACAUCAUCAACAAAUACUUUGCUGAAUUAAUUGGCUUUUAUUUUGGUCAAGAUGCCUUUUCUUUACGACAACAAGCUUAUGAUGAUAUGCUAUGGGUGGUUCUCGGCUGGUUGGAUACGGUGAAAUUCAUUGACCUACACUCGGAAUUACAUUACUCCAACCUCUCUCAACCAGAAUGGUACGGAAAACAAUACAAACCUGCAUUCGCACAUCGUGCUCGACUAUUUUGGGAAUUAGCAUCCCAAGGAUGGGAUACUACUCUCUGUGGUGGUGGAAUGAUAUGGUCUCCAUAUCUUCUCCCAUACAAGAAUGCCAUCACCAAUGAACUCUAUAUCGCAGCUUCGAUAUCGAUGUACCUAUAUUUUCCUGGAGACUCUAACCAAUCUCCGUUUCUAUAUUCAAACCCUACCUAUCCACCUCGGGAUCCAAAAUAUCUUCAAGCAGCUGUUGAUGCUUACAAAUGGUUGAACAGCUCAAACAUGACUGAUUUGCAAGGAUUAUAUGUCGAUGGAUACCAUAUCUCGAAUCUUUCUAGUAGUAACAAUACCCGCUGCGAUUCUCGAAAUGAGAUGGUAUAUACAUAUAAUCAAGGGGUCUUGCUUACUGGUCAACGUGGUCUCUAUGAUGCAACUGCUGCGCGAUCAUACCUUGAAGAUGGCCACAAGCUCAUAUAUGAUGUUAUUAAUGCUACAGGUUACGAUUUGAAGCAUGACAUUGUCGUUUCACCACCACCCCAAAAUGGUUCCACUUUGGCGAAAUGGUUUGGUUUAGGUAGAAAUGGGAUACUAGAAGAGGCUUGCGAUUCAGAUGGUUCCUGCUCUCAAGAUGGGCAAACGUUCAAGGGCAUAUUCUUUCAUCAUUUGACCGCAUUCUGUAGUGAUUUACCGACAAGGCCUAAUGCAGGCACCGAAGAGAGUUUGGAAUUCGAUAGAGAGUGGCAUUCUGGCAAGUGCUCGAAAUAUGCAGGUUGGAUCAGACGAAAUGCUGAGGCUGCUUUGAAAACCAAGGAUGAAGAAGGGAGAUUUGGAAUGUGGUGGGGUGCACCGGCUGCGAAUAGUUCCCUUAACAACGAUACACCGAGCCUGUCAUCGGAAGACUCUGUAGACUACCGAAACCUGGGAGUUCCAAACAAUAGAGAAUGGAGAGGUGAAAAAUACAUGAAAGGAGCGAAAGCGAGCAAGAUUCCUAGAUAUGGAGAGGAUGGAGGUCAAGGUCGUAUUGAGACGGAAGAUCCCAACGACCGAGGUAGAGGAAGAACUGUAGAGACCCAGGGUGGAGGAUUAUCUGUAUUGAGAGCAUCCUGGGAGAUAGAACUCAGAUAAAUUUGUAUAUAGCUAUUUCAUCGUAUCCUUAUAGAUGGGUUGUGGGUGGUCUUAGAUUCAGCAUUUACACCAAGCUCUAGAUUCGAACUGUCAAUAAAUAUUCUCUACCUCGAGUUCCAUGAUUGGAUUG